AUGAAGCAGAAGGACAAGUAUAAAGGGCGUCAUGUCUCCGGUGUCAACAUCCAUUGUCAGCAGAGAAAAAUCAAUCGUGCCAAGCUGCUCAAAAUGCGGGCUUUUCAAGUCUUUCAAUUCAUAUCCUGCCUCUCGGCAGUGGCUGUCCCUGCUUUAGCAUACAACACAACGGCCCCUGAGGGCUUGAAAAUUACCGACACUUUCACCCUCGAUGGCAUGUCUUGGACUGUCUACGAGGACUUGCUGGAGCCCGGAGGCGACAUUGUUAUGGUACCCGACACCGGAUUGACAAAGCGAUUUGCAACGCGACUUGAGGCUACCAAAACUGGGGCCGAUUCAACUGUGCCUCUUUUCAUGGGCAUGAACCCGGCCGAAGUCAACCAAGCACCGAAUGACCUCCUUGCCGACGCGCUGCUCAAAGACGGGGAGCCUGAUGAGGCUGCUGUCCGAGACGUCCUGCCGUUCCCCAACAUCGCGGGCUGGGACACCUUCCUCGGCAACAUCCAAGCCAACGAUACCCUGACCGUGCGAGCGGACGCAAGAACCUGGAACUACUUUCCGCUGGACUUCCAAGAGAAAGACAUCCUUGGAAAUCCGGAGUAUAACAAUUGGACUUAUGACGGCCUGCUGGGCAGCUGGCGGCCAGGCUCUCGCAAGGUCUUCCGCCACGGACACGACGGCCAGGACUGGGCCGAAUCCAUCGCCUUUGCUGAUGUCGACUCUAACGAGCCCAUUAUCGUUCAUGUUUACCGCGUCUUUGCAUACGACUAUCCCGAAGACCUGCCCGCACGCCCGAAGCCCUCUUCUGCCGAUUUCUAUCGCGCGCUGCUACGCUUUGGCACAUAUUGGGAAGAGCGCCUCGCUGAUGUUAUCGAACUUAACCUGCCUGACUCCAGCUGGGCCGACCUGACCAAACACGCCUUUGGAAUAGAACUCGUGCAGCGGUACGGCGACGGGGUGUACCCGAAAUACGGCGCCUACGACCGUCCUAAUGUCGGCUCUGAGAUUGACGACUUUCAAGAUACCUUCACCAAUUCGCUUUACGCUAACCUCCUAUGCGGUCGCUUUGACCAAGCUCGCGCUGUUACCGAAAACUACCUGCGCGACUUCGUGUCGGACACGGGCGAUAUUGAUAUGCGCGGCGGCGAGAUACCUCAGUAUGGUAAGUCCUUGUCGUUUUUGACAAUGCAUGUCGAUUACACGGGCGACACAGCUUUGCUGGAAACCUAUCGCGACAAGAUUCUGGCGUGGGUUAACAUCAUCACGACCCGUCACGAUGAGAGUCUAGAACUGGACCCCUCUGAUCCUUUCUACGGCCUGAUCCACGGAUGGAGUGAAUCCGACUCCGUCAUAGUCCAUCCUAAGUACUACAACCUGCCUCACUUCAACAAUCAACCCUACGCGGUUCGAGGCUUGCGGGAUCUGAGCCGUCUGGAGAUGUUCUCCGAGUACGCUGCCGACUGGACCAACCGCGCCGAAGUGAUGCUCAACCAGACCGUCGCCAGCAUCAAAUCGUCCACUUGGCAGGACACGAACCCGCCCUACGUCCCCCCGCUACCGAACCAAAACCUCACCGCAAUCGACUCCCUUGCCACGGAGUGGCCGUCAAUGAAUAGAUGGGCUCAUCGCGCCCUCGCAGAGCUCCUCCAGGCCGCCGUCUUGCCCGUCGAGCUCGUAAACACAGUCAUCGACUCCAUGAAAGCCAACCACUUCACCUCCAUGGGGCUCCUGGCCAAUCUCCUCGUCCGCAAGCCGGAGAGCCGCGACAUCCUGGGCUUCAUCGGCUCCGGCUACGCCCUGGGCCUGCUCCUGGCCAACCGUACCGACGAGUUCGUCCUCUUCCUGUACGCCCUCCGUUACUACAUCCACAACCGCGGCAACUGGAUCGCCGGCGAGGUCAUGUACACCAACGGCGCCGGCGGGCUGUACUGCCAGCCUGCCGCCUUCGACAUGCCCGUGGUCAUGCGCGCCGCGCUCGUCCUGGAGCAUCCCGACGACAACGUCUUGUACCUCGCCCGCGGGCUGCCGCGCGCCUGGGUCGCGACGGGUGACCCGGUCAGCAUCCGCGGAGCGCCAACGCGCUGGGGGCGUGUGGACUUCAGCACCUUCGCCGACAUCGCGGCUCGGACAGUCACUGCGGAGGUCUCGUUUCUCGGUGGGAGCGUUCUUUCUGAGGUCCGCGUCAAGUUGUGCGUCCCGGCUGGGGAAAACCUCGGGAACGUGACUAUCAACGGCGCUCCCGCAGAUGAGGUGAUAGGAGAAGAAGUUGUGCUGCGGAUAGGCGCUGACUUGAAGAACGUGACCGUUCUUGGAAACUUGUAG